UUGUUUUUGGACCCUAAAUUUCUUCUUCUCAAAAAACUAAAAUUCUCCUUCCUUCGAAGUUCGAAGCUUCUCCAGGAAUCAUCAAUCAAAGCUCCUCUCUCUGUCCCGCUUAAUUUUACAAUCGCCCAACAAAUGAGCGGAGAUAAUCGAAGACGGGAUCGAAAAGACUCGCGGUGGUCGAAGAAGCCGAGAGUAGUGAACACUGCAGAAGAUGAACUCGAAUCUAAACUCGGAUUUGGGCUUUUCUCCGAAGGUGAAACCCGACUUGGGUGGCUACUCACAUUCGCAUCGUCAUCUUGGGAAGAUCGAGAUACUGGGAAAGUCUAUAGUUGCGUGGACCUUUACUUUGUUACUCAGGACGGGUUUUCUUUCAAGACAAAAUACAAGUUCCGCCCUUACUUCUAUUUAGCCACUAAAGACAAAUUGGAAUUGGAAGUUGAAGCCUACUUGAGACGCCGAUAUGAAAGACAGGUUGCUGCUAUUGAGAUUGUUGAUAAAGAGGAUCUUGAUCUUAAAAAUCAUUUAUCUGGCCUGCGAAAAAAAUAUUUAAAAGUAUCAUUCGAUACUGUGCAACAAUUGAUGGAAGUCAAGAGGGAUCUGUUGCAUAUUGUCGAACGAAACCAGGCUAAAUUUGAUGCACUUGAAGCUUACGAAUCCAUAUUCGCUGGAAAACGAGAACAACACCCUCAAGAUUGCUUAGACUCUAUUGUGGACAUCCGCGAGUACGAUGUCCCUUAUCAUGUUCGAUUUGCAAUUGAUAAUGAUGUAAGGAGUGGGCAAUGGUACGAUGUCAGUAUCUCCAGCACCGAUGUCAUACUAGAGAAGAGGUCAGAUCUUCUUCAACGCGCAGAAGUCCGUGUUUGUGCAUUCGAUAUAGAGACAACAAAGCUUCCGUUGAAGUUUCCGGAUGCUGAAUAUGAUCAAAUUAUGAUGAUAUCCUACAUGGUUGAUGGCCAAGGUUUUCUAAUUACUAACAGAGAGUGUGUUGGCGAAGACAUAGAAGAUCUGGAAUAUACACCCAAACCAGAAUUUGAAGGCUAUUUCAAAGUCACUAAUGUUAAAGACGAGGUUGAACUCCUCCAAAAAUGGUUUUCUCAUAUGCAAGAGUUGAAACCUGGUAUUUAUGUUACAUACAACGGAGACUUUUUUGACUGGCCAUUUAUAGAACGAAGAGCAUCUCAUCAUGCAAUCAAAAUGAAUGAGGAACUGGGAUUCCGUUGUGAUCUUAAUCAAGGCGAAUGCCGAGCUAAAUUCGCUUGCCAUUUGGAUUGUUUUGCUUGGGUAAAACGUGAUAGCUAUCUUCCUCAGGGAAGCCAUGGUCUGAAGGCUGUUACAAAGGCCAAACUAGGGUAUGAUCCACUGGAAGUGAACCCAGAGGACAUGGUUCGGUUUGCGCAGGAAAAGCCACAGACAAUGGCCUCCUACUCAGUCUCUGAUGCCGUUGCAACUUAUUACCUAUACAUGACAUAUGUCAAUCCGUUCAUUUUCUCUCUCGCAACUAUCAUUCCAAUGGUCCCUGAUGAGGUUUUACGCAAAGGGAGUGGCACCCUUUGUGAAAUGCUUCUGAUGGUUGAGGCUUACAAGGCAAAUGUUGUAUGUCCCAACAAAAAUCAAGCUGACCCUGAGAAAUUCUACCAAAAUCAACUUCUUGAAAGUGAGACAUAUAUUGGUGGUCACGUAGAGUGCCUCGAAAGUGGUGUUUUCAGAUCUGAUAUUCCUACCAGUUUUAAGCUUGAUUCGUCGGCAUACCAGCAACUGAUUGAUAACCUUGGUCGGGAUCUGGAAUAUGCUAUCACUGUAGAAGGGAAAAUGAGAAUGGAUUCAAUUUCCAAUUAUGAUGAAGUGAAGGACGAAAUCAAGAAAAAGCUCGAGAAUUUACGAGAUGACCCUACACGUGAAGAAGGGCCUCUUAUUUAUCACCUCGACGUCGCAGCGAUGUAUCCAAAUAUCAUUUUAACAAAUAGGCUUCAGCCACCAUCAAUAGUUACGGAUGAGGUCUGCACAGCAUGUGAUUUCAACCGCCCAGGAAAGACUUGUCUUAGAAAACUUGAAUGGGUUUGGCGUGGGGUGACAUUCAUGGGAAAGAGAAGUGAUUACUACCAUUUGAAAAAACAGAUUGAGUCUGAAUUUGUUGAUACUGGUGCAAAUAUUCAGUCUUCAAAAUCAUUCCUUGAUUUGCCAAAGGUGGAACAACAAACCAAGCUAAAAGAACGACUUAAAAAAUAUUGUCAAAAGGCAUAUAAACGAGUACUUGACAAGCCAAUCACUGCCGAGCUUUUUGACAAAUUUCUCCAUGGAUCAACUCUUAAAGAGUGCUAUUCUGCUGUUGCAGCCGUCGCAAAUCGGUGGCUUGACCUACUCGAUAAUCAAGGAAAAGAUAUUGCCGAUAGUGAACUGCUAGAUUAUAUAUCAGAGUCAAGCACAAUGAGCAAAUCGUUAGCAGAUUAUGGUGAGCAAAAGUCAUGUGCAGUGACCACCGCAAAACGCUUGGCUGAAUUUCUUGGUGAUUCAAUGGUCAAAGAUAAAGGACUUCGUUGCCAAUACAUUGUUGCUUGUGAGCCAAAGGGUACACCUGUUAGCGAACGGGCUGUUCCUGUUGCUAUAUUUGAAACAACGAAACCGGGAAUUAUGAAGUAUUAUCUGCGAAAAUGGUGCAAGACAUCAUCAGACGUCGGAAUCCGUUUAAUUAUUGACUGGUCGUAUUAUAAGCAGCGCCUUAGUUCAGCUAUCCAAAAAGUUAUUACCAUUCCUGCUGCAAUGCAGAAGGUGGAAAAUCCUGUGCCUAGGGUGAAUCAUCCUGAUUGGCUCCAUAAAAAGGUUCGUGAGAAAGAGGACAAAUUUCGCCAGAGAAAACUAGUUGAUAUGUUUAGUUCAGCAAACAAAGACGGUGUGUCGGACACAGAUCAUUUGGUGACUGAAGAUAAUAUGGAAGAUAUUGAGGAUUUUUGCAAAGAAAACAGGCCUUCCGUGAAAGGGCCAAAGCCAAUUGCACGUUCUUUUGAAGUAAAAAAAAAAAUGACUGAACACGAGCAGAAAGAGAGCUGCGGUCCAGAGUUCCAUGAUAUCUCAUUUCAGAACAUUGACAAGAACGUAAAUUACCAAGGAUGGCUUGAACUGAAAAAGAGAAAAUGGAAAGUGACAUUAGAGAAGAAGAAAAAACGAAGGUUGGGUGAUCUAAGAUCUUCAAAGCAGAUUGAUGCUCACGAGAUAAAUCAAAAAGUUGGUCUGGGAAGAGGAGGUGUAGGUUCAUACUUUAGGAGGCCUGAAGAAGCCUUGACUAGUUCACAUUGGCAGAUUAUACAACUGGUCCCAAGUCCACAGAGUGGGCAAUUUUUCGCCUGGGUGGUUGUGAAAGGAUUGAUGCUUAAGAUCCCAUUGACAAUCCCAAGGGUGUUUUACAUUAAUUCCAAAGCUCCUACAGUUGAAAAAUUCCCCGGAAAGUGUGUCAACAAGAUUCUUCCUCAUGGAAGGCCUUCUUAUAAUUUGAUUGAGGUUAAAAUUCAGGAAGAUCAAUUUAAAAAAGAAAGCAAAAUGCGUGCAGCUCUUCUUGCCAACCCUGAAAUUGAGGGCAUAUAUGAAACUAAGGUGCCUCUGGAGUUUAGUGCUAUAUGUCAAAUUGGAUGUGUAUGCGAAAUUGAUAACACAGCUAAGCACCGUAAUACCCAAGAUGGAUGGAAAAUUGGUGAACUUCAUAUGAAAACUACAACUGAGUGUCGCUACUUGGAACGUUCAAUUCCACUUGUUUACUUGUAUAACAGCACCUCUACAGGGCGUGCUAUAUAUGUUUUAUAUUGUCAUGCAUCAAAGCGUAUGUCUGCCGUGGUAGUUGAACCUUAUAGUAGCAAGGAAUUAUUACCACCUGCCCUAGAGAGACAGUUUAGAGAUAGUUGCCAAGAAUUUUCAAUUGACUCAUUGUCUUGGGGUAGUAUCCUUUUCCAGGUGGACUAUGUUGACCAUCCUGAAGCUGCCAAGAAGAUUAUACAGAAAGCAAUAAGUGAAUACAGAGAAGAAAAUAGUGGACCAACUGUUGCUGUCAUUGAAUGCCCUGACUAUAACUCCAUGAUGGAAGGUAUUAAGGCCCUGGAUGAUUUCCCCUGUGUGAGGAUUCCCUUCAACGGCGAUGACAAUAGUUAUCAGCCUGUCUCCUGGCAACGUCCAGCAGCAAAAAUAGCAAUGUUCCGUUGUGCUGCAGCAUUUCAGUGGUUGGAUCGGAGGAUUGCCCAAUCAAGAUACGCCCAUGUGCCUCUGGGGAAUUUUGGACUUGAUUGGCUAACAUUCACAAUAGAUAUCUUCAUGUCCAGGGCACUCCGUGGCCAGCAACAGGUCCUUUGGGUGUCAGAUAAUGGUGUUCCAGACCUUGGAGGUAUAAACAAUGAAGAGACAUUCUUUGCUGAUGAGGUGCAACAGACAAGUUUGGUAUUCCCUGGAGCGUAUAGAAAAGUGUCUGUGGAGCUAAAGAUCCAUCACUUGGCUGUUAAUGCCCUUCUGAAAAGCAACCUUGUGAAUGAAAUGGAAGGAGGCGUCUUUUCGGGAUUUGAAACAAAUUCAGACGAGAACACCAGUUUUGAUGAGACCACUGGAUGUGCUCAAGCAUUUCGUGUCCUGAAACAAUUGUUUGAUAAUUGCUUUACUGAUGUGCGUAAAUAUGAGAAUAUCUAUGCUGAUUCCAUUUUGCAACGCUUGUCUUGGUGGCUCUGCAGCCCGUCCUCUAAGCUCCAUGAUCCAGCUCUUCAUCUCAUGCUUCACAAGGUCAUGCAAAAGGUCUUUGCUCUGCUAUUGACUGAUUUGCGGAGAUUGGGUGCUAUAAUAAUUUAUGCAGACUUCUCAAAGGUCAUUAUCCACACAGGGAAAUUUGAUCUAUCUGCUGCUAAGGCCUAUUGUGAAAGCUUGCUCACAGCGGUGGGAAAUAGUCCUACCUUUGAGUGGAUAUUGCUCGAGCCGGUUCACUACUGGCACUCAUUACUUUUCAUGGAUCAGUAUAACUACACUGGUAUCCAAGCUACCGAUGAUGAAAGUUCACCUGACGAAGUGGCUAUUGAACAAAAAUGGAGUGUUGCACGACAUUUACCCGAGUAUAUUAAGAGUGAUUUCACUAUAAUCGUUGCCGAGUUUAUAUUCCAUCCCUGGAAAUUUGCAUUAGAGAAAAAAAAAGGCAGUUCAGAGAGUUUAGAGGCACAGAUGGUAGAAUAUCUAAGAGAACAGAUUGAAUCCUAUUUCACAGAGAGGCUUCUUAAGAAGGUUAUUGAUAUCAUGUCACACAUGAAGGACAUAAACGUUUCAGAUGCAUCUCGGUUUUCUGGUCAAACUCCCAAAGGAGAUUACACGUUAGAAUUUAUACAGGUUAUCUCUGCUGUUCUGGCUCUUGACCAGAAUGUCCAGCACGAUGUUCUGGUGAUCAGAAAGAAUCUGUUGAAGUACAUUAAGGUAAAAGAGUAUGCUGCGGAAGCCGAAUUUCUUGAUCCUGGGCCCUCCUGCAUCUUACCUAAUGUAGCUUGCAGCAACUGUGAUGCCUACAGAGACCUAGAUUUAUGCAGAGACCCAGAUCUAUUAACAGAGAAAGAAUGGUCAUGUGCGGAUACACAAUGUGGGAAGAUAUAUGACAGAGAGCAGAUGGAGAAUAGUCUUCUCCAGAUGGUGAGACAGAGAGAGAGAAUGUACCACAUGCAGGAUCUAGUGUGCAUUAGGUGCAAUCAGGUGAAAGCCGCUCAUUUGACAGAGCAGUGUGAGUGUUCUGGUUCCUUUAGAUGCAAAGAGAGCGGGUCAGAGUUCCACAAGAGGAUGGAGAUUUUCUUGGAUAUAGCAAAGCGCCAGAAGUUCAAAAUGCUAGAAGAAUGCACCUCUUGGAUUUUACAAUGUACCAGCUGCUAACAAAACAGAGAAAGACAUCAUUUAUAGGUUAAUUGAUUUGUGUAUAAUUUCUACACCUAACUGACUCAAAACAAAUGUCUUUACAUGAUGAAGUUGUGGUGAUAGCAUUUUUCAGUGACAUAA